AUGGAGAUAUUUGAACAAGUGGAAGAAAGCGUUGGCCGGUCGGCCUUCAAUUCAGACGCACCUGCUCCCAUGGACGUUCUCGAUGAGCUGGUAUCCCAUUCGGCCUCUGCGGCUCUUACGCAGCUGCGGCAAAUCAGCUCGUCGUCGACAAGCCGUCCUUCCAGACGUCUGAGGAAGAAGAGGGCGACCAACCUUCAGCUCGGGGAGAGACGGAAGGACAUCGGGCUGGGAGGAUGGUGUGCGAGGAGAGUCGCCAGCCCAUUGCAUGUCCCGGCCUGGCGAAGCGAAGGAAUAUUGGGGGUGUAG